AUGAUGAGCCCUUAAAUAAGAAAGGGUUAGCAACUCUUGACUAAUGAUAUUAUAGAAGUAAAAGAAAAAUAAUCUCCUGCAAAGCUGAUGAGAAUGUCGACCUAAUUCGAAAUAGAAAAGUCUCAUUCAAAUGUUGUCAAAAGAGCAGCGUAGAGUGUAUUUCUAUAAAGUGAAUAUGGAAUUUCUGAUAUUGACGAUAGAAAUUUAUUCUAAAGAAUCACUUCCAAUGAUUAUAACCCUUAAUUCAAUACUGGAAACAGAUCAUUAGUUAAAACACCCUCCAUAUCAAUUGAUAAAAGUGAAAAAUCUCCUUCUCCCAGAAAUAAAGUUGGGAUGUCUCCUACUGUUUCAAGUUUAUACGAUAAGAAUGCGCUAUUUUAAAACAAAUAAAAUCAUGCUAAAUCCAUGAUGUCUGAAUAUUCGCAUCGAUCACAUGCUGAGUAACCUAAGCAGCAAGCUGACAUAAUUCAAGCCACUCAUGACUUGCUUUUCCAAGGUUUAACACCAAACUAAAAAAUUAUAGGCUAGAGAGAUGCAAAAAGAGCAAGUUUUUUAAAGCCAUCAAACAAUAAUACCAACCAAUAGCAUACCUCAGCUUAAAAUCUUCUAAAUUUCUAGUAUAAUAAUCAUACAGAUGAUGGUUCAUCCGUAAACAUGAAUAAAUCUUUCAUUACAAAUAAUAAGGAGAUUACAAAUGACAAUAUGCUACCAUCCUAACCCUCAAUUGAAAAAAAAUACAGAGAUACUUACUAUGUUAAUACAACCAAUUAUAAUGGAGCCUUGAAUUCAUAUACAGAUUAUACCCUUGAUAACUAAUUUCAAUCUUAAAAUGAUGCAAAUCAAAUAUAAGUUUCUGAUCCUACUUUAUUUGGUAUGAGAGAUCCUUCUUUUCUAAGAUAAAACGCUGGAAAAGAUCGAUAAAAUAUGAGAGUAAUGAUGUCUAAAUAAAAUGUGGAUAUUGCAAUGAGAGUGAAUCAACAUAUCUUGAAUCUUGAUAUAGAAGAAAUGAAUAGAAAUACUAGAUUCUUUAAAGAUUAUAUCAAAGAUCAAUAAAAAUAACAUAAAGGAAAAUCUACUAAGGGAUUACCAACCCUCAAAGAAAUAGCAGAGGGAAUGUUUAAGAAGUAGGAUUCCCUGACUAAAGGAAUUUAAAAAGAAUCUGCAGCUCCGUUGAGAAGAUUAACAAAAGGAGGGAUUGGAAGUUUCACUAAAGGCAAUAGAAAUUUGGAUAGUGCCAUUAAGUCAAAAUUUUAGCAAUCUAUCAAAAACCUAUUUGGAUCAGGCAAAAUUGCUAAAGAAAAAUAGAGAAGAUCCAGUCUCAGAAGAAAUACAAGAGGAGUAUCCUUAGAAGAUAUUACUGAAAAAUCCUAGAUAGAUGAUGAAAGUAGCGAAAAAAAUAUUAUAAAGAAGCAUUCUCUUAGUAAAUCAAUUAUUUUAGCAGCAAAUUAAGGAAAUGCAGAUGAUGACGAUAUUAAUGAAUAGUAAAUUAGAAGAAUUAACUAGGGUAGAGCUAGAUCUAAAUGUCUGAUGUACCCAGAUGCUUCAGUCAGAGGUUUAAUCGAUGGAGUUUCUUUCAUAUUACUGCUAGUUAUUUCCGUUUACAUUCCUUUUAUCUUAGCUUUUAAUUACGACACAUCAGGCCCGUUUGAUUAUUUCGAACUUUUCAUUGAUAUCUGGUUUUUACUUGAAAUAACAGCCAACUUUUUCACAGGAUAAUAUCAUAAGGGUAUUUUAAUAAUGGAUAGAUAGAAAAUUUUCAUUACUUAUCUAUAGGGAUGGUUUUUUGUUGAUUUGCUGAGUAGUGCUCCUAUUCUUGUGAUAUAGAUAGCCAAUUAAGAUUCAAGCAAUGACUUUUAAGCAGUAAGAUCAACUAAACUCAUAAGGAUGCUAAGAUUUGCUCGCUAUGCUAGACUGCUAAGAUUAAUAAAAUUUCUCAGGCUUAACAAAUAUCUAUAGCCAGCAGAAGAGCUCAUUGUUACUGACUAUAUGCAUUUAGGUGUUAGAUUUUUAAAGAUAUCUUGUGCUGUAAUAUUUAUAACUCAUUGGGCAGCAUGUAUGAUGUAUACCGUUGGAGUUACAGACUUUGAGAAUGAGGGGAGAAAUUGGUUGUAGCUCUAAUAAUUAAAUGAUGCCACUGUCACUGAACAAUAUAUCAACUCUCUAUAUUGGGCAUCUACGACUAUGUGUACUGUUGGAUAUGGAGAUUAUCAUCCAAUAACAUCUAAUGAAAGAAUAGUUUCAAUUUUUGUUAUGAUUAUGUCCUCAGGCGUUUUCGCUUUUAUCAUCGGUGAUAUUGGAAGGAUGGUAAGUAGCUUCAAUUUGCUAGCUGAAUAAUUUAGAGAAAAAAUGAUAUAUGUAGACAGAUUCCUAACCUAAAAAUGCAUUCCAUUAAAUCUGAGAGUACAGGUAAAGAGAUAUUUAGAAUAUAACUGGCAACUUAAGAAGACUUUCAAAAUUGAGGAGCAUGAUUUGCUUAGUCUGCUUAAUGAAAACCUUCGAGGCAAAAUAACAGUUUACUUUAAUGGCAGAAUUCUUUAAAAUAUUGAUGUUCUUUGCAAAUUUCCCAUAGAAUUUCUUAGUAAUCUCAGUUUCUUAUUAAGAAAGGAAACAUUUUCUAUUGAUGAUAACUUAAUAGUUGAAAAAGCUCAAGGACAGGAGUUAUUUUAUAUGUAGAAUGGUAGAGUAUCGGCUGUCCAUAUGAAAACAAAAACUCAUUUGACGGAUUUAGAAAAGGAUAGAUAUUUUGGUGAAAUAUCAUUUUUCACUAUUCUUAAUAGACAGGCAACUAUUAAAGCAAGAGAUUUCACAGAAGUUUUAAUCAUUCAUAGAGAAGAUUUCUUGCAAAUGCUCCUAAAAGAAUCAUUUAGAGCCUCUUUAUUACUUUUCCACAAGAUUAGAGACACUAUCACAGAUAAGUCAAGAGACUAUAAAAUCUUAGGGAUUAGAUGUUAUAUUUGCUACACUUAGGGUCACAUUGCAAUUUAAUGCAAACAAUUUCACCGUUUUAAAGGUAAUCUGAAACGCUACUAUAAGAAAAUAUACUAACACAGUUUUUAGAGUAGUACUGAAUCAUAUGAUGAAAGCAAGUAAAAUCCAGUACCUAAUACUGAAGAAACAAUGCAUAGUAAGAAUUUUAAGCUAUAAAGAUAGAAAACAAGAGCUAUGAGAAGAAGAAAACGAAAAAUUUCUCAUGUUACUCCAUAAAAAAGAAUCAUCUCAGAUAAUCAACUGCUAACUAGUUAAGUAUUCGGAUCAAUCUAUAAUGAUAUUGUAUUUCCAAUAGAAUCACAACCAUAAACUAACGGCUAAAUGCAAUAGGAGGAAAUUGAAAACAUAGAAGAAGAGUUCAAAAAAUUAGAUGACGAUCCAAAUAGAUAUAAGAUUUUUAAUUAGACUCCUGCAUUUGGGCUUUCCCUUAAUAGUCUUAGCAUUGGGAAUUCUGAGUCUAGAUAAUAAAGUAAUGCAUUGGCACUAUAAGGCUAAUCGUAAUUUGAAUCAGAGAGUCUUGGAGAACAGGUUCAAAUUAUUCACUUUGAUACACCUCCAAAAGAAGAACAACAAAAUUAAGCAAUAACACCUUCUUAUAGGUAUCGACAGAGAAAAUCAUUAAAAAAGAGAAGACGAUCUCAAAAAGGCAUUAGGGACGUCAUUUAGGAGGAGUUAUACGAGGAAGAUGAAGAAUCUCUUAAGUCAUUAAGUAUCAGCAAUUCUGAGGAUGAAUCUUCUUAAUAUAAUCUGAGCAAAAUGAACAAAUCAGAAGAUGACGAUGACGAAGAAGACAAUGAUGGAGAUAAGGCUCCUUUGUUGAGUCAAAGUACUUCUAAAUGUUUUCCUGGAGCGCCUAGAGCAAUCAAUGAACUAACAAAGCUUAUUGGGAGGAAAAAGAGAUUUAAAUCAAAGAAUCUAAGAGAAGAGGAGAAGAUUAAGCUAAGGCAAUCUGUUGAAGCAAGAAGAAAGAUUCAUAUUAGACCAAUGAAUGAAAUCUAAAAGGAAAUCAAGACCACAGUUUAAAAGACCUUUACCACAAUGGUAGAGACAAUUACUAAAGAAGAAAAGUAUCAUAUCUCACCUAAUAGAGCAGAUGCUAAAUAAAAAAGGAAAUAGAAUUAAACUGAUUCUAAGUCAAAUGUCGGGAAUUUUGAGGAAAAUAAGCAAAGCAGCCUGAAGUUAGAUUAAUUGUCGAACAAAGUUCCUAGUCCUUUAAAAAGUUCCAAUGAGGAGAUGGAAUAAAAGAUCCAAGAUUAGAAAUUUAAAAAAAAUCAUAGUGGAAGUGUGAAGGGAUAUAUUAAGGAAAUUAUUGACUCGAGUAGGAGAAAAAAUGGGAUAGUAUUGACCAACAUUAGCUAAGUUAAUAGCAAUAAUUCUGAUUUGAAUGUUUCUGAAAGUGAGUAAAAAUGGCCUACAUACCGUAAAAAUAUAAAAUAAGACUCUGCCAAGUCUUACAAGGAUCAAUAAAAUGCCUAUUCCUUUAAAUAAGAUUCUUAAACUGAUCCAAUUUAAACAAGUCAAUAAUACUAAAAUGAAGGCGGUGAAGUGAUCCAAAAACAAGUGAACUAUUUCAAGAAAGAGGACAAGAGGAAUUAACUAUUUAUCAACAACUAGAAAUUAUAAGUAUUCCAAGAUGAAUAGUCAAGCGUUAUUGAGAAAUGGGAUGACAUGGAACAAAUCUUAGAAGAAUUUAAAAGAGAUUAAUCAUGA